AUGCGGAAUACCGCCGGCCACCAGGUGGCCGGUGACAAUGUCAUCGCGAUCCUUCCUUAUUGUGGGGAGAAACUGCGCUCGGUUCUUGAGCAGGCAUUCUGGUCAUUCUGGAGAAUAUCUCCAAGCGACUGGCCCAAUACCACUCUGAAACAGAGGUCAUUGGUAUUUAGCAAUUGUAAGUUUUUUUCUUCUUCGAGUUAUAUUAAUAGUUGUUAUUCAGUCACUGAUCAAGAUGGGAUAGGUAGCGAUUCCGAACUCGAACAUCUGGGCUACUAG